UUGAUUUUACCUUGCACCACAAAAAGAGAAUGAUUUCCCGGUGUAUAUGCACUUCAAAAUGAUAAAUCAGUACCUUAAACAUAUAUUUAAAGAUUUAUAUUCUAUGUUGAAUGGACAACCUUUAUGGCUCUUUCUCGAUCUGAAAGUGACAAUUUUAUUUCCGAAAGCGGAAAUAAUCGACUGAGUCAGCACAAGAGGAUUAAUGCAAUAAUCGCAAGUAACCAAAGUUGUCUUAUUUGUGCACCGGUACAUUUGGAACUCGGAAAUGAAAAGAAUACUUUCCAUUUAGUAACUCCCUGUGCUGUUACGUUCCUUAGGAAAAACGACAUUAACAUUAAUAAAAACGUCAGUCUGACUUAUCCUCAUUAUUAUACCACCUGCAAAACAAAAACAAAUUUGAAUUUAAAGUGGCCUUUUAGUCACUGCACGCAAAGGAUCGUUUCAAAAUGUCGCUAACCUCAAGUUCAGUAAUCGAAUCCACCUUACUUGUUAUUAUUUGCACAGCUUCGAUUCUGGGCAAUAUGACUCUGUUUUUCAUCAUCACAAGAAAAAGGCCCCUUCGCACUAUCUCGAACGGUUUUCUUCUCAACCUUGCCUUCGCUGAUUUGCUCGUGUCAGUGUUAAACAUGCCAAUUACUGUGGUCACCAUUGUAGAACAACGGUGGAUAUUUGGAGAUAGAGCCUGCAACCUUCUGGGAUUCACUACAAUGCUGUCGUUUGUUUCGUCGGUCAUGUGGCUAGCCAUGAUAGCUAUCAACAGAUAUUAUUACGUGGUGCAAUGGAAAGUCUACCCUUCCCUCUUCACACCUAGAAGAUCGGUGCUAUUCGCGGGAACCGUGUGGUUGAUAUCUUUGUUAUUAUCCAUCCCUCCGCUGUUUGGCUGGGCUGAAUAUCGUUAUAUACCUGGCAAAUCUUACUGUUUUGUAUCCUGGCCUUCUGAUGUAUAUUACAUGUAUUUCAUGCUGAUAAUAUGUUUUUUCGGACCUCUAAGUAUUAUGUGCCUGUCGUAUUAUAAUAUUUUGAAAUUCACUAGAGAAGCAAAACAGCGUGUUAAUCGUCACCGAGAUGAUGGAUUAUUACAACAGGAGACACAAAGAAAGCAAGAAAAUAAUACUAAUGUUUAUGAGCAAAACAGAAAGCGUUUACGGAUGACUCAAGAAGAAGUAAAGAUAACGAACACUUUGAUGAUUGUCGUCGCUUGCUUCAUGGCUUGUUGGGCCCCAUUUGCCAUUACUAUGUUUUUUGACGUGUACUAUUCACGCCCGCUACCAAGAACAGUUGACAUCAGCACGUUACUGCUAGGUUACGCGAACAGUAUGUGCAACCCAGUUGUGUAUGGAAUAAGAACUCAAGCUUUCAGGAGAGAACUGGUUGGCUUCUAUACUUCUUGCUUAGAAAAAGACAGAGUUGAUGUUCCUAACAGUUUUCCUGUGAGCUCUGCAGCUGUUUGUGAAGGAGAUACCCUAGAGACCCAAGAGACACCUAAUGUGUCACGUGUUAGCCGCGAACAAAAUCAACCGAUAGAACUGAAAUCAUUGCAUCUUGAAGCCAAAUUUCCACGAUUAAAAGAAUUUUAGUCGAUCAGCUGAAAUCGCAAAGUUUAGAAUCUUGAAACAUUAACUAAUAAUAUUUCUCACUAUUUGAAGCUUGUACCUGUUUCAGCAGAUAUGAUACCGUCCCCUGUAAGAUUAUGUAAACAUUUUG